AUCCAUAUUCUCUAGGGAUGCUGAGUUACUCCAGCACGAUAUGUUUUUUUUUAGUCUAAAGAAGGGUCCCCAUCCAAAAUGUCGUCUGUCCAUUUCCCUCCCCAGAUGCUGCCUGACCCGCAGAGUGGCUUUUCUUUUUGCUGAAGUUUCUAGCAUCUGCAGUUUCCUGCCUCCCAACAUCGCAGAUUCGAAAUGUAGCAGCGAGCUCUCCCCACCGGAACGGCUUGUUCGGGGAACACGGGGCGGCCGGACGGGUGUGCAGUGAGGGACAGAACGGACGUGUCGAGCCGGGCCUGUGUGUCGACUUGGAUCACGGAGCGAUGCAGCGCACACGCAGUGGUGGGAUGCCAUCAAAAUGUGGAUUUUGUAAGCGGAUUAAAGAGGACACAUGCAGUGGAGAAAUGCUCUUUUCUCAGGAUGGUCAACUGGUAAUUCACCGCAGAUGUCUGCUGUUUUCGUUUGCACCCGUGAUCUCCAAAAUACCCAAGAAUGAAAACCUUUGUGGGAUUUCGAUACAAACUAUUCAAAAGGAAUUGCAAAAAACUGCUAAAAUGAAGUGCACUCACUGUCAUCGGUCUGGAGCUGCUGUUAAAUGUGCUGUAACCAACUGCAGGAAGGUCUAUCACUAUCCCUGUGUGACGAGUGAUAAUGGUGCAAUCAAGGAAAAUGAAAUCCGUGGGGUUUACAGGAUUUGGUGUCAUAAACAUAAAACUGAACAGAAAUUAGUAGAAGACAGCUCCUUUGAACAUGCUGAAGACGUUCAGGACACUGUACAACCUAAAGGCGAAAUGCUGGAACAACAGGAAGGGCAACAUCUCUGCAGCAAAAAGGCAGACCCUCAGGGACAUUCUUCUUGUAUGCAGACUGAAAUUCUUAUGAAAUGUGAAGUUAAGAACUGCUCAAAGACUUGCCACUUGGGAUGUGCAACUUCUAACAACAUAAAGCUCAUGAAAAAUGUUGAGAAAGGAGUUGACAGUGGUUCUGAUGAAGAUCAAAAUGAUAAGAAGGCCCUUGGUUCAACUUCGAGUAACUACUGCAUGGACAACGGAGAUGAUGAAAGUUGCAAUGAUUGGGAAGAUAACUACAAAUGGAAAAUGAGAAAUAAAACAAAAGAUGGAAGAUUGAAAAAACCCCAGAAACAUCAUUCCUGUUUAUCAAAUAAUCAUGGAACCUUUGAGGGUUCCAAUGUGUCCAAACCAACUUUCCAAGAACUUGAUUCUUUCAGUUGCAACAACAGGAAUUCCAACAAAAUGUCAAAUAUCCCUGAGAGAGAUUAUUUGGAGCACAGUGAUAUGAACACUGAGAGAAUUAAAGGGAAUACAGCAGAGCUCUUGCAGUCGAAAGAAAAUCCUGCCAGAGUAGCUGAGAGUGAGGAAAACACAUCCUGCAUGGAUAUCCACAAUCUUGAAAAAGCAAAAUUAUUUUGGAUCAAAAUGCAAGCUUCUAGGAGGGUGGAACUCGUCUUUGAGCAACUCAGUAAUGUGAUAACCUGCCUUAAAAAGAAAAUUUCCAAUGGUUCAGCAAACAAUCAAGAAUAUUUGAAGGCUUUAAAUUUGCUCAACAAAGCUGGAAUCUACAACAACUCGUUUUCACCUGACACAGCAGAAAAUGAGGAAAGGUUUCAGUUGAAUUGUGAAGAUAUUUCGGAAAGAAUGAUAAAUACUGAAGAAAUGGAAGCAGAAUUAGUAUUGGACAAUCCCCUGUUUUUACAAACAUCAGUUAUUAAAAGUCUGGCUUCCUGCGUCACCUGCCCAUCACCUACAAAGGAAUUAAAUUACCCAAAUGUUCCUGAUCAGUUAAUACUUCAUCAGCGUAAGUGCAAUACCAUGUGUAUCGCUGGAGUAAUGCCUCAAACUUCUGAUCAUUUCAAAGGGGAAAAUCCACUGAAAAUUCCCAUACUCUGCCGGUUUAAAAGAAGACAUGCAAAACUGCACUGGGAUACUGAGGUUUUGGAGCCUCCACAUGUCUCUUACAAAGCUCCUUGUGGGAGAAGCUUGCGGAAUUUCAAGGAGGUGCGCAAUUACAUUUAUGAAACGCAGUGUGGCUUUCUUUUAUUGGACUUUUUCUCUUUCAAUACAUACAUUCAGCUUUCAAGAACAUUUCCUUGCAAGAACCCAGUUGUUUAUGAAGCUGAUAUAAGCCACGGUAUAGAACCUGUUCCAAUUUCUCUGCACAAUGCGAUUGACAUCUCUACGCCAGAGCACUUUAAAUACAGAAAAGCACGGUUGCCUCAUGGAUGCCUUAUUAGCAAUUCAUCAGAGAUGUUCCAACAGAAAUGCAACUGCACAAAUGGCUGCAGUGACGGGUGUGCAUGUCAACAGCUGACAGCCAAAGUCAACAAAAGAUUUAACAAGGUUUCUGGGUAUGAAUACAAGCGUCUUCUGCAAUGUGCACCUUCUGGGGUUUACGAAUGUAACAAGUGGUGCAAAUGCGACAAAAGAAUGUGUGAAAACAGAGUUGUACAACAGGGCCUUACAGUUCGACUGCAGUUGUUUAAAACGCACAGAAAAGGCUGGGGAGUCCGUUGUAUGGAUGAUGUUGAUAAAGGAACCUUUGUGUGUUGUUACACAGGUCGAAUACUAAGGACCACAAAUGAAAUAGAGAGCCAAGAAAAUGAGAAAGCCAUUAAUGUUAAUGGUACUGAUUUAGGUGGCAGCAAAACAGCAAUGACCUUCAUCAAGAGAGAAAGGAAAGACUCCAAUUCGGAACCUGAAUGUAAACUAUUACAAGAAACGGAAGAGACAAAUACAAGUGUGAAGAAGGAUGAAGCAAUUCCAUUUUUGAAAACAUCACCUUUAAUAACACAAAAUAUGGAACUAUCUGGGAACAAACUCAGAGUUAGCAAGUCUGAAUUAGCUGACUCUGAAUUGACAUCAAUAGAACGGCCAAAAACAAAGACGGCGCUUCUUCAGGCUCGUCGAAGAAAGCUUCUGGAGCAGGACCAGAAAUUAUUUAUGCACAGUAGUUCUGAGGAGGAUGAAAGGGUAUCAUCAGCAGAGCGACCCAAAAGACACUCCAGAACAUUACUGCUAUCUUCACCAAAGAAACUCAAGACUUUAUCAGAUAAUCAUCUGAUCAACAAUGAUGAAGGAGUCUCAACAAACAAGAGCAGCUUUGAUUACAGAAAAAGUCAUCAUAUCCCUUCUGGAAACAUUCUUGAAUGUCCUUUGUUCUCUCAACAAGCACAACAAGAAACAGAUAAACAGGAAAAUAAAAUAAAUAAUGAAAAUGGAAAUAUACAAAACAAAUUGAUUCAAGAUGACAAUCAUAAGCAACCAAUGUUAAAAUUACACAGAAUCUGCGUUGGUGAUGAGCAAGAGGAUUGCUGUUAUCUUUUGGAUGCCACAAAAGAAGGAAAUAUAGGUCGUUUUCUUAAUCAUAGCUGUGAUCCAAAUCUAAUGGUACAAAAUGUUUUUGUCGAUACUCAUGAUAAGAAUUUUCCAUGGGUGGCUUUUUUUACCAAUAGGUAUAUUAAAGCAGGAUCAGAGUUGACAUGGGACUACAAUUACUCGGUGGGAACCAUACCCGAAGAAGAAAUUCCAUGUCUUUGUGGAUCCAUCAAAUGCAGGAACAUUAUAGUGUGAUACCUCCAGUUUAAUCGUUGCAAGGUUGGGAAAUGAGGAUAUAAUUCUUUAAAUAUAUCUUAAUUAACUCUAAUAUGAAUUGUAAAUGACUAAUGUGUCAGUAAAACUGCAGCAACUAAGAAAUUAAUUAUCCAUGUUCAUAUCUGGUACAUGUGACAAAUAAAUACUCUUGCCUCACUGGGAACCAAAAUAAGAACAUCAUCUUAUACAUUGGAAGUAAAUUUAAGUGAUCCUGCAAACUUCACCAUUUGAUUACAUUUUGGCUGGACAAUUAAUUGCAAUACUUUAUUUUUUUAAUUUGAAUGUUGAAUUUAUGUAUUUUGUGAUUAUCAUAAGACUUGUGUAACUUUAUUUACUCUGUACAAAAUGAUAGAUUUUAUCUGUGGGACUAAAGGCCCUGUAAUAUAAUAGUACCCGGUUUUACACAGUAGUGGGCUCCAGAUUUGAUUCAUGAUUUGAGAUAUAUUACCUGAUUUAAAUUGCUGAAGGUUGCUUUGCUACUCAGUGUUAUUCAGAAACUCCUUGCGGUUGGGGGUGAUGGUAGGAGUGAUAGAUCCCGGGGGAGAUGUGUCAACUCCCUACCCUGAUGUCAAAUAACCUAGUGGCAGUCACUAGUUUUAAAGGAAAGCCAAGCUAUUGGUGAAGUAUGUACCUGUUUCUCAUUUAUGGGAUCAGUAUCAGUGAUUUGGAAGAGGAAGAGAAAAGAUGAACGAAUAAAGAAAACGUCAUUAAAACGAAUGAAGUUAAAUUAAAUGUGCAUGGAAAACUAAAAAACUGAAGAUGCUGGUAAUCUGAAAUAAAAAUAUAAAAUGCUGGAAAUCCUCAGUAGGUCAGGCAACAUCUGUGGAAAGGGAAACAGAGUAGGUAUUUUGAGUCAAAAUCUUCACAGAUGUAAAUGGAAAUUUAAAAAAAAACUGUUGGCAACAUUUUCUGUUUAAAUUUAAUGCAUGCUAGACCAAGUGUGGCCCGUUGUGUCCCUAUCACACAAGAGGCCAGUUCCCCAGCCAACGCAAUAUUCCACCACUCACCCAUAGCCCCCACGGGAGGCCUGGUCCCCCAACACAGCCCGUUCCCCAACGCAAUAUUCCACCACUCACGCGUUCCCCCAACGCAAGCCUUUCCCCCAACGCAAUAUUCCACCACUCACCCAUAGUUCCCAACUGCGCAGGGGCGGCUCAUUUCCCUUAUUUCCCAGCACUCCUUCCCCCUCCUCUUCACCCUCCCUCUUUUUAAACUUAAAAAAAUUGACUUUUCAUUGUAAAAAAACCAAUUGCACUUGCUGCCAGGACUCGGUGUCCUGUGAUUUGCAACAUUGUAACGGGCAAGGCCAGCAAGUGCAAUUGAAUUUUUUACAGUGAAAAGUUAAGUCGGCUGUUUAUGUAAAUGAGAUCCCAUUGUGACGUCAUAGUUGCUAACUGCCACUGUAACUUCUCAAUCAAGACUUUGUAAAGUUAAAAAUGUGAAUAACUUGUAAAAUAUACCAUCAAUAUGAACAAAUCUUGAUACACCACACCACAGGAAGAUUGUAAGUAAGGUGGUCCAAAAAUUGUAGCGCUAUCGUGUACUGUUUUGGCACAAUUUCAGGAUCACAUACGCAGACAUCCACACAUGCACGCAGACAGAAUCACACACAUAGAAACAAACAAGCUGAGAGUUUUAGUUAUGUAUAUGUAUAGAGAGAGCGAGAGAGAGUGUUUAUUCUUACAUGCUUGACACUUGACUGUAACGGCUUUUCAAGCAAAUGUGGGGUCAUCAAUGCACUGUGAAUCAUCUUCUGCAUUUGUUUGGCUACUUUAUGGGUUUUGCCUCAUUUAUGAUCUUGGGAGAGUUGUGAAAAUAUGUUUGUGUCUCUGCUAUAAGAUGACUGCUGUAUUAUUUUUACUUUGGUUUUGAGUUAACAGCUUGAAAACCAAAUAAAACUUAACAACAAACAACCCGAUCUUGAAAUAAGUUAUUCCAAACGAUGAUUCCAUAUUUGUGAAUACUUGAUGCCUCAUUUUGAUUGUAUAAUGUUCAAUGAAAUCAUAUCAAUUAAACAUUUUAUACCAGUAGUUUUAAAAUUAUUUAAAGGCUCAUUUCUGUCACCAGUUUGAAUUAACUGGAUUAACCAGGAUAUCUUGUCUCCCUAAAUUACAUUGUGUUAUUUUGUUUAUUAUAAUAUCCACAACACUGAAUAUUGAUACUUAAAAAUGUUUAAUGUUAAGUUGUAUUCAAUCCAAUUUUGUGUUCUGAAUUUUAUUUUUAUACUAGACCCAAGUGCGGACUCAUUGGGCUCGCUUCUCCCAACGCAAUAUUCCACCAAACUGUGCAUGCGC